ACUCCUGAGAACGCACCCCUUUCUGUAGAGCAGCCUUUGGAGCGGAGACGUUGGAAAUGUGCCAUGAAGGGAAGUGUGAGCAGUGACGGUCCUGUGCCUCUUGCAGACUCGUCCCGGCAAGAUGUCGGCCAUGCGGACGCGGAUGCUGCCCACCCUGCUGCUGCUCCUCACCGCCACGUGCCUGGGGGAGCUCCUGGACGUCUGCGGCUAUAUCGACCCUGAGUCGCCGGUUGUGCAGCUUGGUUCUAACUUCACUGCGGUCUGUGUGCUCAAGGAAAAAUGUGUGGAUUAUUUACACGUCAACGCGGGCUACAUCUUCUGGAAAACAAACCACGUGACGGUUCCCCGCGAGCAGUACACUGUUAUCAACAGCACGGCGUCGAGUGUCACCUUCCCAGACUUCUCCCUGUUAAACACCCAGCUCACCUGCAACAUCCGCUCUUUCGGGCAGAUCGCUCAGAACGUGUAUGGGAUCAGCAUUGUUUCCGGCCUGCCUCCAGAAAAACCUAAGAACUUGAGUUGCAUCGUGAACGAAGGGAAGAGAAUGACCUGUCAGUGGGAUCCGGGGCGGGAGACGCAUCUGGAGACAAACUUCACCCUCAAAUCUGAAUGGGCAACGGAGAAGUUUCCUGACUGUAAGACGAAGCGCGGCAGCCCCCCUGCCUGCACCGUGGAGUACCUGCCCGUCUACUUCGUCAACAUGGAGGUCUGGGUGGAGGCGCGCAACGCCCUGGGGGAGGCCACGUCCGAGCACAUCAACUUCGACCCCGUGAACAGAGUGAAGCCCGUUCCUCCGCGCAAUGUGUCCGUCAGCAGCUCGGAGGAGCUGUCCAGCAUCUUGAAGCUGACCUGGGUCAACUCCAGCAUCGACAAGUUCAUCGGCCUGAAGUACGACAUCCAGUACCGGGCCCGGGGCACCGCGGCCUGGAGCCAGAUUCCCCUUGAAGACACAGCGUCCACCCGCUACUCCUUCACAGUCCAGGACCUGCGGCCCUUCACGGAGUACGUGUUCCGGGUGCGCUGCAUGAAGGAGGACGGCCAGGGCUUCUGGAGCGACUGGAGCGAAGAGGCGCGGGGGACCACGUCGGAGGACCGACCGUCCAAGGCACCGAGCUUCUGGUAUAAGGUGGAGCCGUCCCCUGCUCACGGCUACAGGUCCGUGCGGCUCCUGUGGAAGACCCUGCCUCCGUUUGAAGCCAAUGGGAAAAUCUUGGAUUACACAGUGACUCUCACGAGAUGGCAAUCACAUUCACGAAACUACACCCUUACCAGCGAUCGCUAUAGAGCAGCCCUGACAGCCAGGAACCUGGUCGGCACGUCCGACGCCGCGGUGCUCACCAUCCCUGCCUCUGACUUCCCAGCUACUCGCCCCGUCAGGGAUCUGAGAGCGUUUCCCAAGGACAACCGGCUGUGGGUGGAGUGGACCGCCCCCCGCGAGCCCGUGAGCAAGUACAUCCUAGAGUGGUGCGUGCUGUCGGACAAGGCGCCCUGCGUGCCCGACUGGCAGCAGGAGGACGGCGCCGUGCACCGCACCCACCUCACAGCAUCCCUGAAGCAAGCCCCGCCCUCCAAGGGCCCUGUCGUGCGGACGAAGAAGGUGGGGAAGAACGAAGCUGUCCUGCAGUGGGAACAGCUCCCUGUCGACGUGCAGAACGGCUUCAUCCGGAACUACACCAUCUUCUAUAAAACCAGCCUGGGCAACGAGACCGCCGUGAACGUGGACUCCUCCCACACGGAGUACACGCUGUCCUCGCUGACGAGCGACACGCUCUACAUGGUGCGCAUGGCGGCCUACACGGACGAGGGCGGCAAGGACGGCCCCGAGUUCACCUUCACCACCCCCAAGUUCGCCCAGGGCGAGAUCGAGGCCAUCGUGGUGCCCGUGUGCCUGGCCUUCCUGCUGCUCACGCUGCUGGGCGUGCUGCUCUGCUUCAACAAGCGGGACCUGAUUAAAAAGCACAUCUGGCCCAACGUCCCCGACCCGUCCAAGAGCAACAUUGCCCAGUGGUCGCCGCACACGCCGCCCCGGGUAAGACAGAGGGCAAAUGCGGGCACGUUUUGGGGGUCAACCUAGACCUAACCAGUUGGAUCAAAAAGUAAGUGGAACCAGAAUAGCACACGAAUGAGGAUCGUAACCCGCAUUUCACGUGAUGCCUGCGCGUCCUGUGCCGUCACCCUUGGAGCACAUUCACGCUGACACGUGGGUGUCGGCCGCAGACAGCCUGGUCCUGCAGCGCGAAGCUCACAGGUGUCGGCGCCGCCCCGCGGGCGGGCGUUCCGCUUCGUGUCCCCAUCGGCCUGCGCAGCCGGCGUGUUCCCGCGCUGACGGGCGGGUCCCUCCUGGAUCCCGGGAACCUCCUUGAAGGGGGGUCUGUCUGCGUUGCCUUCCCUCCCGGGAUUCCGAGUUA